UACAUACUGUCACAAAUCUUUAGUCUCAAUUGAAAAACUAACGCUAGGGGGAGCUGUGUAGCUCUGCAGGGGGGAAGGACACUUUGAUUGGGGAAGAACCAAGAUGGCUGACUUAACAUAAAAGUUUAUAUUUUUCCGUUAUUUAUUAAAAUUUAUAAAAGUACGUCGUAGAGUAGUAGUCCUGUAAUGUGACCAAGACCGGUUUCUCAAGAAUUCCGUGACAUCUGGGGGCUCAGGCGGGAAACCGGUCAAUUGGCGAAAGUUUUUGGGUGGAAAUUGUAUUGUUUAUUUCAAAACGAAAGUAAACUGUCGACCCGUAUUCGUGGACAAUUUAUACGCCGGAGAGUAAUUGGGAAAUAUGAUUUGUUCCUUGUAAACAUUUUUCUUAUUGUGGACAAGUAUAAUUUGCCAGAGGGCAACCUUAAUCGUUGGUUUUAAAGAGAUUUUGGAUUUAUCGUGUAUAUUAACAUAGAAUCGUGGACAAAUAUUUGCCAGUGGGCAACAUUGAUCGUUGGUUUGGAAGGUGUUUAAUCAUAUUUUGGGCCUUAUCGUGGAUAAUAACAUAGAAUUGUGGAUAAAUAUUGGCCAGUGGGCAACAUUGAUCAUUGGUUUGGAAGGUAUUUGGUCGUAUUUUUGCUUUAUCUUGGAUAAUAACAUAGAAUUGUGGAUAAAUAUUCGCCAGAGGGCAACAUUGUUUGUUGGUUUGGAAGGUAUUUAAUCAUAUUGUACGUGGCUUUAUUGUGGAUAUUGUAGUAUCGCCGACAAUUAUUGGUCAGAGGACAACUUGAUCUGUGUGUGUUGAAAAGACUGUGUAUUUUGACAUUUAAAAUUGAGCAUGGAAAAGCUUAUUGCACUGGGCAAAGAGUUUGGCUUUGAAGGCAAAGAGCUAUUGGCUUUUGUGAAAGAACAACAAGACGAAGAGAAACGGCGAGUCGAUGAAGAGAGAGAGGAGAGACAGCGAGAACGUGAGAGCAAAAAGUUAGAGGCUGAGGAAAGAGAACGUAUACGUUUACGAGAACUGGACGAAAAGGAAAAGGAACGAGAAAUGGGAGAAAGAGAAAAAGAAGCUCAGAGGAGACACGAACUAGCAAUGAAAGAACUGGAAUUACAGAGCGCGAAUGUCGAGGUAAAUAGUGCUAGUAUUAAAUCGGCUGCUAAGUUACCUAAACUACCAACGUUUGUCGAUGGUAAAGAUGACUUGGACAGUUAUCUGCAAAGAUUCGAACGGUUCGCUAAGAACAAUAAUUGGGACCAAUCAACAUGGUCGACUUCGCUUAGUGCAUUGCUUACUGGUAGAGCUUUAGAUGUUUAUUCCAGACUAUCAGAGACAGCCGCAGUUGAUUACAAGCAGCUGAAAGAAGCUUUUGAAAAGGUAUGAACUUACUGAAAGUGGUUUUAGGAUGAGAUUCAGGGAGGGAAAGCCAGAGGAUGGGGAAAGCCCAGAACAGUUUGUGACGAGAUUAAAUAGAUAUCUCACCAGGUGGGUUGAGUUGUCUAAAAUUGAGACGACCUACGAAGGAAUUCGUGACUUGUUCAUUAAAGAGCAGUUUAUACAUUCCUGUCCAGAAGACCUAGCAAUUUAUUUAAGAGAGAGGAAUCUUGAGAAUUUGGAGGAACUGACUAAAACAGCUGAGCAAUUUCUUGUUGCUCAUGAGAAAAAACUAUCCAGUUCGUCAAAACAUCACAACAAAUCGAAGAUGUUGUCGAAGGGAAUGAGUUCGCCUGAUAGCAGUAAGGAAAGCACCCAUGAGAAGAGAAUUCAGUGUUUUAAUUGCAAGGGAUAUG